AUAAUCGACAUUUGUUGAUCUGUUGACAAAAUUUGUUCGUGAGUGGCAGGACAGGAUUUGGAAUUUUGUUUUACAAAUCAGAAAGUGUGCAAAAACUUGCUCAUUGCGGAGGAAUGGGCCGCAAACGAAAAAUAGACGCUUCGGCGAAGAUUGCUGUUACUCAAAAACAAAUCAAGAAGGAAGUGCUGCAUGACGAUGAUGCCGGAAAUGAUUCACAAAAAGAGGAGCAAAAAGUAUUUGCUGGUGAAGAUUCCAAGACGAACAAAAACACAUGGAUAGACAAGUGCCAGCAGUGGGUAGCGGAACAGCGAGAACAAGUGGCUGAGCCACCGCCGCCGGAGCCGGAUGUCGAUGAUGAAACACCGAUGGACGAACCGGCGGAACUACCGCCGGGAGCUGCGGAACCGCUUCGUAAAGCACUAAAGCAUUACAACGAGAAGGAAAUAUUGAACUCGGUCAUGUAUGAAUGCGAGUGGCUCAAGUGCGGAUUCGAAACAACCGAAGACAUCGCUUACGUUGCUCAUGUUGAAGCUCAUGCCUUUCAGUAUCUUGAGAAGCAGCAGGAAGAAGAUGAAGAUUUAGUAUGCUUCUGGGACGUAUGCGACUUCCGCACUUCCUCCCGAAGUGAGCUGGAAAGUCACGUGCACUUUCAUGCGUAUCACAAUCGCGUCAAAACGUACGGCGCCAGCCUCAGUAGGAUUAUCAGCAUUCCACGGUGCAACGGCGAUAGCCGUCGGAGAAACUGUAUCGACGGUUUCAAAACGCAGUUCCGAUGCGAGUGGUCCGACUGUGGGGAGCAUUUCAUCAGGGUUCAACCGUUUUUUGCGCACGUGAACUAUCACGUGCACGACCAGUUUCCGGUGGAUCGGAAAUCCACUAAGAAACAGUUGCAAUGUCAGUGGGAUGGAUGCACGCAGGUCUAUCUACGGCGCAGUUUGGCGUUGGAUCACGUGCGCAGACACUCCACGGAACGUUCCAUCGGAUGCUACACGUGCGGCGCUAUAUUCGGGUCGCGGUUGAAGUUCAUGGACCACUGUAGGCGUCAAGUCGAGUACCACAAUCGAGAGUAUCGUUGUCCGGAGUGCGACAAACUGUUCGCAACGAAGCAGCUAAUGAAUGACCAUAAAAACAUUCAUAACAAGAAGUUCAAAUGUCCGUUGUGUCCAAUGAUGUGGCCCUCGAGAAAGGCGAUGACAUAUCAUAUACGAUACCGACACGUUGAUGUGAAGCCUUUCGAAUGUCAUAUUUGUGGUCACCGCACAGUGACAAAAGCUGAUCUGGAAGAACAUGUACUAACGCAUGAUGAAAGGAGGAUGUUUCGGUGCGAGGAAUUUGGUUGUGAAGCCACUUACAAAUGCCAGCGGUCUUUAAAAAAGCAUGUCGAUUCAGUCCAUUAUGGUGCUGGUCCGGGUAUUUACGCAUGCCACCUAUGCCCAAUUCAGUACAAAGCCGGUGCAACAUUGUCGAGGCAUCUGAUCCGGGCCCACCGGUACAAACGGCCACCUGGCUACAACCGAUUCACCUAUCGGGCCAAUCAACACGGCAUUCUGCAAUUAUCUUCGGUAACGCCCGGCGAAGGAAGAGAAUCAUCCGUCGAACAUGAGUAUGUAAUCGAAGAAAUAUCGAGUCCUCCUGACGCCGACAAACCAGAAGUGAUUAAGCCCGAUUAUAGUGAAAACAAUCCAUCACUGCCGGAAACUUUCACCAGUUUCGCCAUCAACGAACUGGAUUCCGUCAAUCCGAACACCAUCUCGAUCAAACUACAGCCGGCGGAAGAACUGCCUAAAUCCGUCUACCAGAAGCGAACCUGCACCGCCACGACAGCCGAAGUGGAAUCAGCGGAGCAGAUGAAUGAUAGCGAAACCACGUCCGACAACACGCUGCCAUGUUUGAACAUGAAGAUUGAAGUCGAGGAGCCGCAAAUAUCGUCGAUAGUGUCUAAAAGCAUCGACGAUUUUACGGUCAUGAAGCGCUACCUGAAGGUGGAGAAAUCGGUGGUGAUUUCCUAUGAGGAAAUGGAUUCCAGCGGCAGCGUGAUACGGAGUGAAACCGUGCAGACAACCGAGUUAAAUCGAGAAAAGCUCCUCAAAGGAGAACUUCCCUAAUUUGUAUUGGCUUCAAUUUUAAUGCAUUGAAUUGGUGUCAGUACUAUUCAUUAUUUUAAUUACCUAUUAAUGUUAAUUAAAUAUUCAACAUGCAAUUUUUAAAAUAUUCAACUGUUUACAAAGCGUUGUUUGUAACAAUUGACCUCUCAUUAAACCAUAAAAUUAAUUUAUCGGUCCUUGAUGCCCUUAAAAAACUGGCCUAAUUGACUUUUUCACUUAUUUAAAGUCAACUUUUCCAAAGAACCAAAAUUUGAGGCCCGUUAAUAUUUUCAAAAUUUAAAAUAAAAAAUGCUGCUCUCUUUUCAAUCAUCAGGUAUCAGGUCAAGGUAUCGUGACGUGCUCUCAGGGUGGAUUGAGCUGGCAACCGAUAGGUAGAUGUAUUCAUCAAGUUAUCAAAAGCAUGAUUGGCAGCAUCGAAUAAGAGCUAUUCAAAUAUUUAUCUAAAGGUCGCCUCACUCUUCGGGAAAAUAUUUCACCGGAUUUUGGUCCCCGUGCAUUUAAAAUGGGCCGGGUUUUUGAUUCUUCGUGUCCAAAUCUCGAAAACGUCGCUUAUGUAAAAAUACAUGAGGAAAAAAUCCGCGUACAAAAUUCCCGAGGUAUGAGGCUUAAAGUUAUUUAGUUGUGCGGGUUUUCUAAAUAAUGUUGCCGCUAACUUAAUUUUGGUGUUACAAGUAAAAUUGGUAGGAGAUCAUGACGUUAAGCAGAUACACCCGAUUCUUUUUUUACACGGGUGGGUUUUAGUUGAUUACGACCGUUAGCGUUGAUGAAACUAUGAGUUAACCCCAUGAAAAAAAUCACAAAAAAUCAAAGAAAAUUCAAGUGGUAUUUGAAAAGCUGUGAAAAAUCAGGUUAACCGGGAAAUUAAAGAAUACCAACCGUGUAAAAAAAAAUUGGGUGUAGAUGUUAAAAAACUAAAUUUUCUGUGUCUGAAACUCGAUUUAUGCAUAUGGACAACAUAUGAUAGAUUUAGUUCGUAAAAGGUAUUGGAGGGUAACCACUCCCUUGGGUGCUUUCCCAACUUGGUUUCAUCAGUACCCGCUAAGCUACAGAGGACGACGGAGGUCCUUCGUAGCUUAGUUGGAAAGGAAUACGUCUAGCGAUACAAUAUCGUUCACAGGAAGAUUUUAAUCCUUUAAAAAACAACAGAUUCAAUUCCCGGAAACCUUUCUUAGUAGGUACCUGCUCUCUAGCUGAUCCGUAGUCAACAAACCAUCCGAAGCACAGUACGAAACUUUUAAGGGGGGAAUGAGUUUGUCUUCAAUACUGUUCCUCAUGGUAACCUACGUAAUCAUGGUCGGUACGAUUGACAGUGUACCAAAAGGGUGGUGGAUACCACCAGCCUUGCUGCCACUUUGGUAUACAC